CAUCAUAUAUUUGUAGAAGCUGUUCUUGAAUUUCAAGUUUAAUUACACAAGAAAUACAUCAAAAAUGGACAGCGUCUCCAUUUUUAUGAUUUAUAGUGCUCUUUUUGGCCUAGUUGCUAACAUUGGUUUUGCACAAACUGUGCAUAUAGUUGGAGACAACAUGGGAUGGAGAAUUCCCACAAGUACUUCUGUCUCUUACUCCAAUUGGGCUUCUGGCAAAACAUUCAUGGUUGGUGAUAUCCUAGUGUUCAACUUUAUGACUAACGAGCACGACGUAGUCCAAGUGCCCAAAGCCUCGUACGAUGCUUGCAGCGAAGACAAUGCCAUCGGCAACAUCAUCACCACCGGACCGGCCAAUAUCACCCUUGACAAUGCCGGUGAGCGCUACUACAUCUGCAGCAUAGGCGGCCACUGCGGAGCGGGACAGAAGCUAUCCAUAACAGUAGUCUCAUCAUCCACCGGUGGUCCCAGUCCGCCCGUGACCACUCCUCCCCCGGCCACACCGACCACUCCCCAGCCGGAUGCAUGUGCGCCCACGCCCGAGGCCGAAUCCCCAAGGGCAAGGGGAGCGCCACCGCCAACUGGACAGUCCGGACGUAUUCCACCACCACCUCCUAAUUCUGCCUCUGUUUCUCUAACUAGUAGCUUCUUGCUUGUUAUCGCUUUUGCUGGCUUAGCCUUCAUUUUCUAAAUAUUUUUAUCUUCAUUUUCAUAAUUUUUCUUGAUCUAGUUUUGCUUGGAUAUAGUAGUGUAUUUUUAUACUUGUUUAUUGUGUAUUGGAUUGAAUUUAUGUUGAUUGGUUAUGAUCCAAUCUUAAUUGGCGCAUUUUGUAUUAUUUUUUGUUAUGAGAUCAAUAAAAUCGUUUAUUUAUGUAUGA